AUGGCACCCCCUUCUCUGUUCCACCAUUUCCUACUACCUCUCUCCCUGCUACUAGCUUUCUUCAGCCCUUCGCACGCUCAGGCUUACCACAACAUAAGCUUGGGCUCCUCCCUGACUCCCUUAGGCGAAAACAGCUCGUGGCUCUCGCCCUCCGGCGAGUUCGCCUUCGGAUUUCAUCCCAUCGAAACCAAUACCAGCUUCUUCCUGCUAGCCAUCUGGCUCGUGAAGACAGCAAACAAAACCGUAGUCUGGUACGCGAACGGAGACCAACCGGUGCAAGACGGAGCCACGGUGGAGCUGACCACCAACGGAGCGCUCUCGCUCAAAGACGACGACGGCCAGGAGGUGUGGAACCCUGGCACCAGCAAUGCCACCUAUGCUGCCAUGCUCGAUACCGGAAACUUCGUGCUCGUAAGCGCAGACGCCUCCGUUAGUUGGCAAAGCUUUGCCAAUCCCUCUGACACCAUCUUGCCCUCCCAAGUAUUGGAUCUGGGCACCAAUAUCCGAUCCCGAAUGAUGGACACGGAUUACUCCAGUGGAAGGUUCAUGCUCAGCGUCCAAGCCGACGGUAAUCUAGUGUUUUAUCCCGUGGCCGUUCCAUCUGGACUUCAAUACGAUCCAUACUGGUCCAGCGACACUGUUGGAAACGGAACAAAUCUCGUCUUCGACGAGCUGGGUACCAUUUACUUGGCCCUAAACAACGGCACUCGAUUUAAUUUUACAUCUGCGGGAAUAGCUUCAGUAGGUGAUUUCUAUCACAGGGCAACGCUCGACUCUUAUGGGGUCUUCAGGCAGUACGUCUAUCCAAAGAAUGGGACGCAGAAUGGGAGCUGGAGCGAAGGCUGGAAUCUGGUGGAUUCUAAGCCUCCAGACAUCUGCCAAGCGAUAAGGACGGAGACCGGGAGUGGUGUUUGUGGCUUCAACAGCUACUGCAAAUAUAGCAACCAAAACCUCGUCGAUUGCCAGUGUCCACCCGGGUAUUCCUUUUUGGAUCCAAACAGGAAGUACAAAGGGUGUCAAGCAAAUUUUCCAGCGCAGAGCUGUGACGCAGAUGAGAAGGCACUGUAUGAUUUCUCACUGCUUAUCAAUGUCGACUGGCCUUUAUCUGAUUACGAGCACUUCAGCCCCAUCGAUGAGGACCGAUGCAGAGGAGAAUGCUUAAGCGACUGCUUCUGUGCAGUUGCUAUCUAUUAUCAAAACAACGGGGAUUGUUGGAAGAAGAAGCUCCCCCUUUCCAACGGGAAGAAGGGCGAUUACGUUCAGAGAAGGGCUUUCAUCAAAUAUGCCAAAGGUAAUGACUCCCAGCCUCCACCUCCGAUUCCAGUCAUGGUGAAGAAAGACGGAGGGCAUUGGAUUUGGGUUGGAUCCCUGCUUCUAGGAAGCUCUGCUAUAGUAAAUUUUGUCCUCAUCACUGCAAUCCUUUUCCUGAGGUUUUGCUCCUAUAACAAAGUAAGACGGAAGCUUCAGCCUGGCUCGAACAUGGCAGCGCUGAGCCUUCGCUCCUUUACGUACAGUGAGCUUGAAGCAGCCACAAAUGGAUUCAGUGAGGAACUGGGCAGCGGUGCUUUCAGCAGAGUCUACAGGGGUUACUUAGAUGAUGAGCCUGGAACCUGUGUUGCAGUUAAGAAACUUGAUAACCUUUUGCCAGACAUGGAUAAGGAAUUUAUGAACGAA